AUGGAAGAUCCAAAAAUCAAAGAAGCAAGGGAAGCUAUGGAUAUUCUUUACGAAAUUUCUACCCUACUUAACACGGGCUUGGAUCGAGAAACACUUUCUUUAUGUUUAAAUUUGUGUGAAAACGGUGUUAAUCCUGAAGCUUUAGCAGCAAGUAUUUUCAUUUAUACCUGUAUUUUUCCCAAAUCGGAUUCUUCAGAGAACUUCGAAGAGAAAGUUCUUCAAUAA